AUGUGCUUCGACCCGAUAGAGGUUGUUGUUUUGUUCGCUUUGGACUCGAUGAGGUACGGAGAGCCCGGUCCAGAUCCAACGAACGGGCGCAGGAAGUGGCAUAAAAUGGAUGGGGACUACAACAAGGAGAAGGAUUAUCCACCGCUGGGCUCGCACAACGCCAGAGAGUACGACGAGCAGUACGGCCGCUGGUGGUUUCAGAAGAAGGAGGACUGGCGUCCCAAGCUCUACACCACCAUCGGCAGCCACGCGCGUAGCCCCAAGCUGAAGCGAACCAUCCUCAGGAAGUGCUACAACACACCCAACUUUCGGGCUUUGAAGAGGGACGUCUAUCGCAAGCGGUGGCCCAAGACUCGGGGGCUCAACUUCCAGUUCUUCGCGGAGUUCUGUCAGAAGGACUUCAACAAGCGAACACUGCUCGAGACGGCCCACACCCUGCCCUUGUUUGGCGCCGGCUGCAAAUUCUGGCGGGCCCCAGAUGUACAACACCCGGACACCAAGGGGCAGUACUUCGUGGCGGAGUCUGUGGACUAUCGGUUGAGACCCAUCCGAGGUGACAUCCGCGGCACUCAGUACGUGUUCGGUCGGCCAGUUCGAGGCGGCAUUGCGCCCAUUGCAAAGUCGCUCGGGUCUUGGCGCUACGAGUUCCCCGAGAACGCGCACCCUGCCGUGUACCGACCGGCCUUCCCCGCGAUGAAGAGCCAAGAGGAGUCUGAGACGACUGAGAGCACCUAUCGAUAUCUGGACAAAUUCGGAGAAAGGACUGCCGAGUUCCCGGUGGAUGCCAGCGAGGACGUGGCAGGUGCCGUCUCUUCUGCUUCGUCAGGGCCGCUGCGGGACUACCAGGACAAGCUGAAAGCGAUCCAGCUGCGCGAGAAGGGCCUGUCGAAAGCGGAGAUUGCCGAGAAGGUGGGUCGCUCUGAGCACUGGGUCAAGAGGUGGUGGCGUGAGCAUCCCGCCACCCUGGAGAGACCGGUGGGCUCCCGCGACGUGGUGCUCCAGCGCGCGUCCCUGAACUCCUUCCGUGAUCUUGAGAUCAGGCGCGGCUUUGCCAACGACGCCGCGACCUUUGACAGCUUGGUGAAGCAGGUUCCUUGGCGACAAGCCAAAGUGGUCGCCCGAGAUCUGAACACAGGAGAGUUGGGUCUGAGAUACAACGAGAAGGGGGAGAGCUUGAAUGCAGGCCGGCAGGUCGCAGACUACUCGGGCGGCCUGGACUUCCUUGACAAGCUGCUGCAGCGGGUGUUUUCCGAGAUGAACAUCCGCGACCCACAAGCUCGGAUCUUUAUGAAUUUCUACGUGGACGGCAAGGACAAGGUCUCACAACACCGGCACGACUUCUGGACAUGCCUGCUGUCCUUCGGCUCCCCUCGCAUUCUGACUGUGGACGGCAAGCCCAUCCUGAUGCGGGAUGGAGACCUCAUUGUCUUCGGCACGCAAAACCACGGUGUCCCUGUAAUGCCCGACAUCACGGGUGGCCGCGUGUCGUUGGUCAUUUUCUUUUAUCCGGAUGCAGACAACCUGGAGCGCCAAUGGCAGACCAUAACCGAAGAAGACGACGAGGGCAAGUCUACUGUUACCGAUGCCCGGAAUCUCAGCGUUGGCAUCGACAAGCACUUCAAUCCCACUCUGCUUUGGGGUGGAGGGAAGACAGAAACGAAGGGAGCAGACGCCUGUGAUGGCUGCGGGGAUUGCGCCGAGUCCGUGCUGGAGCGAGCACUUGACCCGACUACCGUGAAGAGGGAGCUGCUCAAGAGCCCCAACUCCAACAUGCAGUUCAAUGGUACUCAGCCGAAGCCAGCAGCUGCUGGCGAAGUGAUCAUCUACUCCAUAGCGACUGGCGGGCAGGUUGGAUAUGGGGGCGAGGAAAGGCGUGUGGAGGAGAAGGACUUCUUCAAGUGGCUCACCCACCACGGCGUGACGGCCCUUUGGGAUCUUCGCUUCCCGGUGCCUCGCGCGGGCGAGUGGUCGGAGCCGACGGCACUGAAGCGGGGCUGCGCGGCGAGGUCGGUGGCCUACCGCACGUACCCGUUGGGUCGGCGUGAAGCUGGAGGCUUGAAAGGGCACCUCCUGGCGGAGGAGGGCCGCGACGUACUGGCAAGGCUUGUGGAGGUGGCUCGAGAGGGCCGAACUGCCUUUGCUGUUUCACAGACGGCGCCUUCCCACGGCUCCGCUCGAUGGGAGGUGGCGAACGCUCUGGCAGCGCAGUUCGGCAUUCGGGUGCUGCACAUUCUUCCUGGGAGCCAACUCUGUGAGCACCUCUACGAGGCAGCAGCAGAGUCGCAGGCGCCUGAGGUUCAACAAGCACCGGAAGCUCCCCCUUCGAAAGCUGUUGACGAGGCACCCGCUUCGCAGAAAGACGUCGCCGAUGCGGGCGAAGCGGUCCAAUUCUGCCAGGCUCCUUCCUCAACCGGCGUGCGCAGAAACCGCUGGGGCCGAAAAGCUGGUUGA